UAUAUGCCUUCCCACCAAGAACGGUUUCUGUAAUGUCCCAUUCGCCUCCGUUUUCUUUUUGCAACUUGCAUCGCUUGCAGUUACAUUCUCUAGACUGGGUCUUCUUUGGUCUAGUAUUGACCCAAACUGGAAAACGACCAUCACAAGCAACCAAAUUCGUCGUCCAUCGCUGUUCUUCAACAGGCGAGGCCAGAGGAGUUCCUGUUUUUCGUGGCUUUCGCUUGAUUUCAUCAAGUUCGCUCGUAUUCGCACCUGUUCUGGUGUUCUGUAAGUACUGGUUAAUGAGAAAUUGGCUUUAACGUAAUUUGUAGACUUUUGCCUGGUUACUAUGAUCGGUGAUCGAUCAACUUCACUGGAAGUGUGCAGCAGUGCUAUUUGAUUCACGGUUCUUGGUUUAGAUGCUUCUCAUGUUCAAUCAAACAGUGCGCGAAUAAAUUGAUUGAGUAAAACUCCUUUGCUAAGUGAUCUCUUGUGAUACUUUCUGAAUUCACCCCCAAAUGUUCAUCCUUCUCUGAAAUUUCUUCCAGUAAAGUAGUUGACAUUUGACGAAACGAGAGAUUCUACGAUUUACAUAGCCUACAGAAUAUGAAAUGAGAUGAUUCAUUUUAUACGGAUUUAUGAAGUAGAGUUGCUGAUCAGCUAAAACUUUAGCUAUCAUUGUGCAAGAUGUUUUCUAUGAUUGAAUAUAUUAAGAGAUUAAAGAAUGAGUCAACGAGCUGAUCUAAUUAUCAUUGGCAUCUCUGUUGGUUUGGCACUUGGUAUUUUGAUUGCUAUCCUGGUAUUUUAUGUCAUAAGAUGGUACAAAAAGAAUGUGUAUCUUCGGCGAAGCACGAAUGAGCGUAGUCUAGGAACUAUUCAGAUUCGAACAAAUGGAUUGGACUCAAGUACUGAAUUUAGUGCAUCUCUUUCUGGUUCUAUUACUUUUCCGGGAUCUGAAAAGCUCCAUAAGGAAUCUUGGUCCCCUUGGAGGAAUCAUAACCACAAAGACAUAGUUGCUUCUGCAUCCGGUGUUCUGAAAUACCCUUACAAGGAUAUUCAGAAGGCUACAGAGAACUUCACUACUCUUUUGGGACAAGGGUCAUAUGGUCCAGUGUAUAAAGCAAAGAUGCCCAAUGGAGCAGUUCUAGCUGUUAAGGUGCUUGCUUCAGAUUCCAAACAGGGUGAAAAAGAGUUUCGGACGGAGGUAAGUUUACUAGGAAGAUUGCAUCAUCGUAAUCUGGUGAAUUUGAUGGGAUACUGCAUUGAUAAAGGAAGCCACAUGCUAAUUUAUGAGUUUAUGAGUAAUGGAAGUUUGGACAACCUUCUUUACAAUUCAGAAAAUCGUGUGUUGAGUUGGGAUGAGAGGAUUCAGAUCGCUCUUGAUAUCUCUCAUGGAGUCGAGUACCUUCACGAAGGGGCUAUUCCUCCUGUCAUACAUCGUGAUUUGAAGUCUGCCAAUAUAUUGUUGGAUCAUACGAUGAGAGCUAAGGUUGCUGAUUUUGGGCUGUCAAAGGAAGAAGUUUUUGAUGGCCGGAAUUCUGGUCUGAAAGGUACAUAUGGCUACAUAGACCCAGCAUACAUGGCUACAAACAAAUUUACGAUGAAGAGCGACAUCUAUAGCUUCGGCAUAAUCCUUUUCGAACUAAUCACAGCCAUCCAUCCACAACAAAAUUUAGUGGACUACAUUAAUCUCGCUGGAAUGAACCCCGAUGGGAUUGAUGAAAUAAUUGAUAAGCAACUAGCUGGAGAAUGCAAUCUUGAAGAAGCAAGGAAGCUAGCUCAUAUUGGUCGUAGAUGCUUGCAUAAAGCACCGAGAAAACGUCCUUUAAUUAGCGAAGUUUCGCAGGCAAUAUUGAAGAUAAAGCAGAGACGACUCGGGAAAGCUAAUAACAUGUCUCUUGCUAGCAUGGAUCUUUCAAGAGCUGUGAGCAGAAUUGAGGAACAACAGGUGGAAUUGAGUAGGAUUGCUAGCCUAGCGUGAAUCAAAUGCUUUUAGAUGCUUUCUUUUUGGCUUUUCCUAAUCUUCUUCGCCAUUUCCCCAAUCUGAAAGAAAAAGAAAUCAUUGUUGAUCUUCGCUUAAUAACUUAGGUGGGCGACACAGUUCUUUGUUAUAUCAAACAUCAUAUGGCAAUGGGGAAGCAUUCUUUGUUAUUUUAAUC